AGCAACUCAAAAUAUUCCUCUCAUCUUUUGUCUAUCUUUCUCUUCCAUCUCAACACUAAACACUCGGAUUUUGCCGUGUUGAUUCGUGCUCUCUCCUAUUGCAUGAGCUAUGCACAAAGAUCAACUCCUCGUUGUUGUUGCUGUUCUUCUUCUUCCUCUCCAUCCGUCUUUUAGCAUCACCGUCGAAAAUAAUCAAUGCACCACCUCUUGCGGUGAGGUCAAUAUAGGCUUCCCGUUUCGGCUGAGGGGCGACCCGACGUUCUGCGGCAACCUUAACUUUGAGCUAGUUUGUAUCGAUAACCGCACCAUUCUCGAUCGGUGCUCGGGCAAUUACUCCGUACGGUACAUCGACUAUACCAACUACACGAUUGGAGUUGCUGAUAUGGGGCUGCAAAAGGGCAAUUGCUCAUCUCUUCCUCACCGCUCUUUGUCACGCUACUUCGACUUCAUAUCAGAUUUGUACUCUUGCUGCGAUAUCGGGGAACUAGAUUUAUUCAAGACUGUUUUGAUCGUGGGUUGCACGAAAGCCGUCGAUUCUCACCUUUACAUUGACACUUCCUCGUGCCUCGAUGGGGUCAAAUUUUCGAAUUCUUUUGGUACAAGAAGGCGAUUGUAUGCCAUGGUGGAUGCGAAUGUCUCGAGUGUGGAAACCGGAUGCACUAUAGAGUAUAUGGCAAUAAUACCAUGGUGCGCCGACGGCGACAAUCUUCGUUCCUACGUGCAAAUUCAUGAACAGAUGGUUCAUGGGUUUGAGCUUUCAUGGCUUCAAAAAGCCUGUGAGAUCCAGUUCAAAGAUUGUUAUUCGUGCGAUAUCAACGCUGAGCACCAACUUUAUUGCAAGCCCCCGCCCUCGACCGGUAAGGACUUUUGAUUCAUUCGUUUUUCUCAACAAAAAUUAAAAUUGUGAAAUUUUAUUUGGCCAAAACCCGUGAAAUUUGAUCUAAAUGCGAAAUUGAGGUCGGUCAUCUGUAUAUCUUGUUGGAGCCCAUGUCAUUUGAAAAUGCCACUAUGAUCAAGUAGCUAGCUAAAUGCUGUUGUGGUAUUUAACAAGUAUAAUACUGAAUACAGUUUUAUUUAUUUUUUUAUUAAUUUAAUUCGAAUUCCGCAAACAAAUCUUAGUGGAUUGAAC